UUUGUGCUCUGGUCUAGAGAGAUGUGUACAGAGGGGCAAACAGCCUGGUAGUCAAGCUAGCUAGCUCGGAUUCUACCGAUUAUAGAACCGGGGGGGAACGUGGUCAUGUUGCAAACGGUGGGCUUUAUUUCGUAAAAGCCCAUAUUGGAAUACCGUUUUUUUUGGUUCUAAUCGGAAGGAGGUUCGGGCCAUUGUAACGGAAUAAGGGAUUGCUUGGAUUUUAACAUCGAGCCCGUGCAGCGGGGACUCCGGAGCGUUGCCUCCCGAAACAAGAAUGGGGACUUGGUCCACACGGUUGCUUAGAUAGACUGGCCUUUGAUAGCGUUCUCUAAUGGCAAAUUUCACGAAUUACCAGGAGAGCCGGGGCGCAAUGUUGAUGUUGGAGCAAAGGGCAAUCGGUACGAAACCAGCCGCUGCUGCGGCCAACGGCGACACCUCGGUCGGGGAACCCCCUUCUCCGUUAAUUAAUAUCGGCGGCGGCGGCUCCCGUUUCCAUCAACACUUGCCGCCCUCGAAUCACCACCAUCACCACAGCGGCCACCUUCUUUACCCUCAGACCAUACAGCCAAAGGAUCAACAGCACCCACUAGCUCACCACUGCCAGGCCGCCCAGCAGCAACACCUCUCCGGCGAACACAUUCAGGAGUCCCCGGUAAGAAAAUCCUCUUCUUCGUCUUUGAACCUUGUACACGAAGACCCUGUAGCUGCCGUUGCUACCACUAGCCAUGCAUACGCCGCGUCCCUGAGCGGCACCCCUUCGAUAGCCGCUAGUGCUAACGUCAGCGUCUCUACCUCAGACGUUGUGGACGAUAUUCGGAAGUGUGGCUACCUGCGAAAGCAGAAGCAUGGACACAAGAGGUUUUUUGUGCUUCGGGCUGCGAGCAAUCUAGGCCCCAGCCGGCUGGAAUACUAUGACAGUGAAAAGAAAUUCCGGAAUUGCCUGCGGUCUGCUGCCGCGGCCGCUGCUAGCGGUGCGGUCGCCCCAUCUCCCCCUAAACGGGUUAUUUACCUCUACCAGUGUUUCACCGUGAACAAAAGGGCGGAUUCGAAAAACAAGCACCUCAUUGCUCUGUACACUAAGGACGAGUACUUUGCUAUCGUGGCCGAAAACGAGCAGGAGCAAGAAGAUUGGUACGUAGCGCUCAGCGAACUGAUGAGUGAGGGGAAAAGGGGACACCUGGACUCUGACGAUCUGGAUGACGGUUACGGCACCGUCACCCCCGGUACGGUGUUCAAGGAGGUGUGGCAAGUGCACGUGAAGCCUAAAGGACUGGGUCAGACGAAAAACCUCACAGGCGUGUACCGUUUAUGCCUCUCUACCAAAACGAUUCACCUGGUCAAGCUCAACUCCGAAACCCCGUGCGUCAACUUGCAGCUGAUGAACAUCCGGCGAUGCGGGCAUUCCGAGAGCUUCUUCUUCAUCGAGGUGGGUCGUUCCUCUUCCAUAGGACCCGGGGAGAUAUGGAUGUACGUGGACGACUCAGUGGUCGCCCAGAACAUGCACGAGACCAUCCUGGAGACCAUGAAGGCCCUAAAGGCCUUCUCCGAGUUUCGCCCCAGGAGCAAGAGCCAGUCGUCGGGAACCAACCCCAUCGCUUUCAUCACUACCCGCCGUCACCUAGGCAACCUGCCGCCGAGCCAGACGGGCCUCCAGCGCCGUUCGCGGACCGAGUCAGUGGUCGGGACUCCGCCUUCCAGCAAGAGCACGGGCGCCAGCGGGUACCGCUUCCGCACGUCCAGCGAGGGCGAGGGGACGAUGAACCGGCCAUUCCGCUCCGUCACCGGGAGCCUCGUCCACCUCAACUCCGCCCGGCUCCACCUGGGACGCCAGGAGGGCGGGGCCGGGAGCACCGGGAGCUCCACCGGUACCGGCGGAGGAGGAGGAGGAGGCGGUAGCAGCGGCAACCGUUACGUCCGGGCCUUACCGGGCUCCACCUACCACGCGCGUUCCGCCUCCCUCCCGGUGUCGCACUUCCCCUCGGCCACCAGCCCGGUCAGCGUGUCCAGUAGCAGUGGCCACGGCUCCGUGUCCGACACGCUGACCCGCCCUUCCUCCGCCUCCAUCUGCGGCUCACCCUCCGACGGCGGCUUCAACUCCUCCGAUGAGUACGGCUCCAGCCCCGGGGACUUCCGCUACUUCAGGGUGCGCUCCAACACCCCGGACUCCCUGGGCAACACGCCGCCCAUCCGAGAGGAGAACUGCCUCAACGACUACAUGGCCAUGGGCUGGCACCGCGAGGUGUUCGGUGCCGCCGGCAACGGCGGGGCCGAGACGGCGAGAGACGAGGGUGCGUCGGCCGAGGACGAGCGGUCCUCGUCGUCCGCGAGGAGGCGGACCCACUCCUUCUCCAGGCCGGCGGCGGGGGGUGCCAGUGGCGUGGCGGUGUACCAGAAGAUGACCCAGACGGCGUUCUCGCAGGACGAGGGCAUGGGGGAGGGCCUCUCUCUGGGACGGCCCCCUUCGUCCUCCUCGUCCUCCCUCCGCUCCGACUACAGCUCCUGCUCCGAGCACAGCCAGAACCGCCCGGCGCCGCCCCGCCUACACCCCGCCCCCACCUCCUCGUCCACGGAGGACAGCGGUUACGUGCCCAUGACGUGCGGCGUCGCCACGGCUUCGCCCAGGGACGCGCCCCCCCCCGACUACAUGCCUAUGCAACCUGGCUCCUCCCACCCUCACCCCCGCCUCUCCUCCUCCCCCCUGCUCCACAGCCCCGUCCUCUCCCGGCGCUCCCCCCACCCUCACCCCCAGCCCACGGACUCCCACGGCUACAUGAUGAUGCUACCUGGGGGAGGGCUCUUGUCCUCCCCGCUGCAGGCUUCUCCCAGCCCCCAGAGCAGCGGCGGCACGGCAGGGGGGCCCGGAGGUAGCGUUAGCGCUAACGCUAGCGAGCGUCCGGAGAACGGGGAGUACAUGGAUAUGUCGAACAGCGUUGGAGGAGGAGGGGGGAGGAAGGUCUCCAACGAGGGCUACUUUGCACUGAGUACCCCGGACACGCCGAAGUCUUACAGCCCUUACUUCUCCCUCCCCCGCUCCUACAAGGCCCCCGCCAGGGAGCGGGACGAGAAGGAGCUGGGGGAAUAUGUCCCCAUGUGCUCGCCGGCCAAACCGAUGUAUUCCUCCUCCUCCUCCGCCUCGUCCUCCGCCUCCUCCUCCACCCCGGAGAAGAGGGGCGGGAUGGCGGGUGGCACCCCUCCGUCUCACCCCCCUCCCCCGUACGGGGCGCAGCACGUCACGGGGGUCGACCGACGUGUGGUACGACCCAACCGUCUUCCCCUGGGCAGGCGGAGCUUCCACGGGUCCCCGGGAGACGGCGGCGGCGCGUCGGCCAACGGCAGCCCCGCCCACGCCGCCGCCGUCUCCGCGGCAACCGAGGGCCCCUCCAGCCCCGGGGAGUACAUUAACAUUGAGUUCGGGGACCAGUACCCCUCCUCCUGCUCGCUCUCUGCCCAGGAAGGGGCUCCCUCGCUAGGCCCCGGGGACCCACAGCGCUCCCCCCCCCAGGCCCCGGCCCCCCAGCAGGACUACAUGAGCGUGGACGUGGUGCCCAAGAGCCAGAGCCCUCGACCCUCCCUUGUGGCCCCCUGGAACCCCCCCAGCUACAUCCGACCCCUGGCUGCGGCCUCCGGGGCACUGGCCCACUCCUCCGGGGGUCACUGGAAGUCGGGCGGUGACGACUACACCGACAUGACCUUCGGGCUGGGCGGGGGCGAGGGGGCGAGGGGGUCGCGGAGCCCCACGGCCAUGCUCCAGCACCUGUGCGUGAUGGAGGGCCACUACCAGGCCCUCACCCUGGCCCCGACCUCCACCCCCACUGCCCCCCUCUCCUCCAGCCCCCAGGCGGAGCCGCCCAAGGUGGUGCGGGCCGACCCUCAGGGGAGAAGAAGACACAGCUCUGAAACCUUCACUUCCGCCUCCACCCACCCCCCGUCCGCCUCCACCCACCCCCCAUCCUCCCCCACCCCCGCCGCCCCCAACGGCGCCCACCACCCCCCCGAGGCCUCGCGCUGGCCAGCCUCCGGCUCCUUCGACAGCGUCUGGAUGUGCGUCGAGGGCCAAGGGGGCCUCGCCGAUCCCCUAGCCCAGCCAGGGGCCUCCGAUGUGGGCCUGGUCCCCGCCGGCACGGCCCCCUCUGGAGGAGGGAGGGUGUGCCACCAGAACGGGCUGAACUAUAUAGCUCUGGAGCUGAGGGACGAGGCGGCGCCCGCCGCCGCGCCGCACCUCAACGGGAGUCACCGGGACGGGAGGACGGGGUCUCCGACCGGGGCGCUGCCGUUACCGGAGAACGGGGCGUACGCCAGCAUCGACUUCUCCAAACCGGACGGGGUGACGGCCACGUCGAAAGACUAGAUGGAUAGAGAACACACUCUCUCCUGCGCCACCAUGUGCUUGUGAUCAUCGGCCCCUCCCACCUGUGAUGUCAUGUCCCCCCCCCAUGUCCGGGAGCCACGCCCCUCUCAACCCCGACAGCAGCAACAGGAACAUCGCCACGACAACAGAGGCAAAGGAGUCGACGCUGGCGUUCUAUGCUGUUCUAUUAGACUCAUUUUCAACUUUUUGGGGGUUAAAAUAAUUAAUUUUUCGUUUAUUUUAUUUUUUUCGUUUUGUUUCCUUCUCUUGUGAGCUGGUUGAGUCUUUGGCUCGGUAGCAAAACAAGACUUUUGACACAACAGCGACUGAUCCACGUCAAGCCACCACGUCAUUGGCUGGAGAUGUCCCGGUGCUCUGAUGUGAUUGGCUGCCGUGCAGGAAGCACACGUUAAAUCUGAGAAUUGAGCCAAAAUGAUACAUCCAACUCUACGAUGCUGUAUGGUACACACAUGCAACAAUGAGGCUAACCGGAGGCUAGUUUCCCAUAGAGUUUCACUAGCAUUAGCGCUACUAGCAUCCAGCCUGGUUGCUAACAAGGUCCUGUUUUACUUUGCCACUGUGGGUUUGGUGUUUCCCAGUUACAUUUCACUGUUUACAUGACGCUUUAGUGUUUUGAUUGCUUUUAUUCGGGUUUAGAUGGUGCUGGUCCGCAUACAAGACAGAACUUACGGUACCUUUUUUUUCUCUAGAAUGGUGUGAAUUAAAGUGUGUGUGACAGGCUGCUUUAGUCCCUGUUAACAAUAUGUAAUGACUCCCUCAGUUGCCAGCACAUGGAUCACACUCACACAUGUCCACACACACACACACACACACAUGUCCACACACACACACAUGUCCACACACACACACACACAUGUCCACACACAUACGCCCACACACACACGUCCAUGCACACAUUUCCACACACACACACACACACACACACACACACACCAGUAACCCUGCAGAAUAGGUUCAGGGGCUCUGGGAGCCCCCAGGACUGGAAAUCCCCUCCCCCCCCCUCCCCUCCCUUCUUUCUUUCCUUCCUUCAAAUAAAUUCAAAUUUCCAGUCCACCAACUGUCACCAAUGAAUCAAUGAAGCCAGUUAGGGCGUCUCUCAUUACGGAACAUCAUCUGCUCAUGUGACUGAUCUGAUUGAUCACCAAUUAAUUAACUAUAUAUUGAUUACAUCUAGGGAUUAACCUCUUUUGAUUUACCUGGAAAGGAAAGUGGAUAAAUAAUUUAUAUAAUUCAUACGCACACACACACCAAGGACUUCAAAGGUACUGCAUCAAUAUGCAACCUCAUUUUUUUUUUUUUUUUGUAUCUAGUUUACAGAGGAAAAAAAUAAUAUUUUUUGGUGUUGACGUUUUGAUUGAACUUGAGAGGAGUUUCUUUUGUUCAUCUUGUUUUUCAGAAAAAGACUCACCGGUAAAGGGGAGAGGGGAGAACUGCACUUUUUGCAGUUUUUGUAAAAACUGAAAAUUAAAAACUCUGCAUAAUGUUUUGUAACUCUUACAUUUUAUUUGCUGCUGUGUAGUACAAAAAAAACAAUGAUUUGGAAUGCUGUUGAUUGCUACCAUGACGACGACAACAACGAGGUCGACGACGGCAACUUGUGUUAAAUAUAUAAUUUCUUUUUCUUUCAUUUUCAGAAUUUGAAUGCUGUUGUCAGUAGUUCAACAUAUAAAGGAAAGAGUUUAAGAAGUUUUCAAACUUUUGGACGUGGGCAGGCUUGUUCAUAACUCUCCUCUGCUGCUGACAGUCUAAAUGAGAACAAAAUAAAAAUGAUUGAGUAAUUACAACAAAUAAAAAGAUGGGAGGGGGGGAGAAGAUAUUAUUGUAAAAAAAAAACAACAAAAAACACACAAAAAAAAGCGAUGUUCUUAGUGGAACAUCCUCCUGUACAUAGAAAGACCCUCAUGUUGCUAUGGUUUCCAUGUUCUAAUUGCGCCUUGUGGCGCUUUCUCUUUUUGUUUCUUAAUUUUUUCCCCCAGUUUUUUUUUUUUUUCUCUCUUUUCUUCUGGAGGGAAAGGGGAAAUGGAAGGGCUUUAGCCAAGGGGGUUCUCAGCAUUUGCAGUGUUUCUAUUUAACAGACUAUUUUGCUUUCGAUAGAGCUAUUGCAAUAAAAAUGUGUUCAUGUAGUA